AUGAGCAGCGGCCAAGGGGACAAGGACCUUGGCCAACGUGACAAAGGUGCCGAUGAAACGGCUACUAACCCGGGUAUUAAUUUUGCCGAUUUGCCCUUCGAUGCUACAAUUAAAUACAUGGUCCACAAUGGCAUCGAACCUGAUUAUCCACCCCGGCAUGCAAUCCAAGACCCUGAUGUGGUGCAUACGGCUGAGGAGGAUAUGCAAAAGUAUAUGGACACACACAAAAAUGAGGAGGACGAAGGCGAGCAAGGUGUAUCGUCUCGCACAAGAUCGGCUACGAAUACGGAUCGUCAUCGUGUGAAGGACGACGAUCGGUUUUUCGACCAUGAAGACGAAUUUUCCUACCUUGCCUCUCUUGCAACAGAACAUUACCAGUCUUUACCUCCGCCUAAGGAAACGGAUAUCAUUGUCGGCUUUCUUCAUCGUUGCCGCAGGGCAGAUUCGGUUCUGAAUGUGAUUUAA